AUAUUUCGAAGCAGUAUUACGUUGUUGUUGUUGUUUCCUCAUUCUCAUUUCAUUCUCUUCCGCCUUUCAACAUUCUCACAAGACACAGCUCCGAACUCCAAUUCGGACUCAGCGCUUCGCAUAGAAUCUCAGAGAGUGGAAGCUUCUCCUUCUCGAAGCUCAACCAGUGCUGCUAGGGUUUCCAUUUGAUUCAACAACCGCAUGUUUGGAAAGUUUUCUUCCCUUAAAUGCUGAUAAGUUUCUUAAUGGUAAAAGCUCUCUCAAGCAAAAAGGGGAGCCUUGCCUCUUUGAGAAAGGUUAUCUGAAACAUUAUGACUCUUGAGGAUUUCUUUACCUUGACUGAGAUGAAAGAUGGGCUCACAGCCUCUUCUCGAGUACAGGAGUUGAUCACUGUUAUGAAAAAGGAGCAAGAUUGUGUUGUUAAGAAUGCUGGUGAUGCAAUAAGGCAGUGGGCUGCCGUCGCUAGCACUAUUGCUGCUACACAGAAUAAAGAUUGUCUUGAUCUUUUUAUUCGUUUAGAUGGAGUUUGGUACAUCAAUAGAUGGUUAAAUGAUGCUCAAAAUUUUGUUGUUGAUGAACAUGAAGGCUUACUUGAAGAGUCAAUUACUGCAAUGUUACGAGCUGUUGAAAAGCUGUAUCAAGACUGUGAGAUGUCAAUUUCGUCAGAAAUUCGGGUAACUGUAAGUAACCUUCUUGGUCAUCAGAGCUCUAAGGUUCAGGAUAGAGCAAGAGUAUUAUUUAGCAACUGGAAAGAAGGUGGAAAUGGAGAUACUGAAUCUCAUGAGACAGAUAUUUGUAAGAUGAACAAUGUGAAUGAUAAGAUUGGUUGGGAGGAAGUCCAGCUGUCUUCCGUGAAAGAAGCUAACAAUGAUGAUGAUAAAGCCGCACAACUUGUUGGAGGUGAGAAGUCCCAAUUGAGAAGCUCAGAUAGUCAGCUACAAGAAAAGGUUGCUAGUGUACAGAUACAGAGUUCUGAUGAUGCGCUCCAGUCCUCCGUAUCUUUGGGUUGUGAAGAUGCCAAAGAGAGAUCAAACCAUCUUGCCAGUGUUUCAGCUUCUAAUCAACAAGUCACUCCCAUGAGUGAAGCCGAGAUGACAUCAUCUGGGACCUGUAACCUACCUGUUCCAAAACAAGGCAGUUGCGAAGGACAGCCAGAUGAUUUACAGAUAAAUAAUGUAUGUAAAAAGGAGAAGCAAAACCAAACUGACAAUGGCCCUCCAGAAAAAUUAGGGACACCUGAUAUUUCUUUAGCACCAAUAAACCCUGAGACUGUUCCUGUUUCUAUUGGUGCUAAUGAAGCACCAAUAAAGCCUGAGUCUGGUUCAGAGCAUGUUGAAGGCAAUGAUGAUGGUGUUUGUCAUAAAAUAAUUGUUUCUGGCAGCAUGAGAACACCCGCACCUGAUAGUAUGAGUGAUACUAGCGCUAUAAAUUCUGGCAAUCCACAACUGCCCAGAUCUUCGGAAAACAGUGAUGGCUGUUGCUCUGAUACGUUGCAGGACUUGUCAAUCAGUGGCAUUAAGUUGGAAAAGGCUGAGGUUAAGAUGUCUAUCCUCGAAACAGAGCAUGGCAGUGCUGUAAAGGAGGAAGGCAAGGGCCAAUUUUCUAAUCAAGACGACAAGACUUCAAAUGGUUCUGAUUCUUUUAAAAGGUGGAAAGCUACCAGGAGCCCUCUUGUUGACAAAAUUUCUGACAUUGAACUUGAAUAUGGUACUGUUGAUGCUUUAGAAUUUGCGCGACAAGUUGCUCAGGAAGUUCAGAGAGAUAUCCACAGCUCUUCUUCAGAGAAAAUCUCAGAAGGCAGGAUCAGGCGAUCUAGCAGCACAGAUUCUAUCAGUAAAAAGGAUGAACUUGCUGAAGUCAAACCUGAGGAGGUAUCAUCCAGACAAAGCAACUCUGCUGAGGCAUGCUCUGAAGAGGAGGGGCUUAGGAAUGUUUCAGAUGAUAUUGUGGCUGAGCCAGAAUGCAUCCCUGACUUGGAGUCCUCGCAGGUUACUGAAGCAGCUCGAGAUCCAGGAGGUUAUUCAGAGAAAAGCCUCUGUACGUUUGAUCUCAAUGAAGAAGUUGGUUCUGAUGAUCUAGAUGUUUCUGCAAAUAGUAUGACUACCGCACCAAUAUCUGUUGUCUCAGCUUCAAAGCCUGCACAGACUUCUGGCUUGCUAACAGCCCCUUUACAAUUUGAGGGAACACUUGGAGGAUGGAAAGGAUCUGCUGCCACUAGUGCCUUUCGUCCUGCAUCACCUCGUAAAAAAUCUGAUAGUGAGAAGAACGUUUCUGUUGGUGGGGGCACUGAUAUUUCCAAACAGAGGCAGGUAUGCCUUGAUAUUGAUUUGAAUGUGGCUGAGGGUGAAGAAGGAUUAGUAAAACAAAUUGGUCAAUUCCCAGACCUUCCUUCUGGGCAAUCAUCAGAGGAACUUAGUCCUAAAAGACCGGGAAGGUUUGAAUUGGACUUAAACAGUGUUGGUGAUGAUGGUGAUACCCAACCUUCAAAUCAUAGGAUGGAGGGGAAACUCUUUCCUGUAAGAAAUGGCUAUUGGAGCCCAUCACCUGCAUCGUCGUCAUCGUCAAUGCAGCCUUAUGUUCGAAACAUCGAUUUGAAUGACAGACCAUUCUUUCAAACUGAUUUAGUGGACCAGGGGCCUGCUAAGUCAUCUCCAAAUAUUGAAGCAUAUGGACAUCCUAAAUCAGCUCCCAUGAUCUCUAUUUUGGGUGCCAAGGUGGAAGUGGCUAGAAGAGAGUAUGUUCCUCAGAAUUGGUCUUUACCAAAUGGCAAGGCUAUUGAGCCUGCAAUUGAUCUUACAAUGUCAGGAUCAAGUCAGUUUUUAGGGCUGGGCCCCGUGGUAUCCGACAAUCAUUCAACUGUUUUUGGAUAUAAUCAACUGACCUCAACCCCGCCCCCCUUGUCUUUUUCUUCAGCCAUGUAUGGAUCAGGUGGCACAAUUCCAUACAUGGUGGACUCAAGAGGAGCUCCAGCUGUGCCUCAAGUUGGGGGGUCAACCGUCCUUUCAUCUUACAAUCAGCCUCCAUUUAUUAUGAGCAUGACCGGGACACAACUUGGUUUAAAUGGUGUUGGAUCUUCACAUCCCCACUUUGAUCUUAACUCUGGCUUCUUGGUUGAUGGUGGGAAUAGAGAUGCAUUGGCUGGAAGGCCAUUUUUCUUUCCUGCUCAGGGCAGAGCUAUGGAGGAGCAUGUAAGGAGCUUUCCACAAUCCUCAAGUUCUUCAGUGGUUAGUGGGAAAAGAAAAGAACCAGACGGUGGCUGGGAAACCUAUCCACCUAGCUACAAACAUCAGCAACCUCCAUGGAAGUAGCUCUAAAUUAUGUAUUUACCUCUCUAAAUUAUAAUAUUACCUGAAAUGAUUCAUGAGGUUGAUUGGCAAAGUGGAGAAUUAGGAUUUUUUUUCUCUCUCUCUCUCUCUCUUGUUUUUCCUUUCCUGCAGUUUCAUAGAAAGCCAGUACAAGCACAGAAGGCUUCGUACAUUUUAGUUGUAAUUUCUCUUUCAAGUCAAAGAGAGUAUAGGCAUACUGUUAUGUUUCUUACUGUCUGACUGUCAGUGGUACUUUUUAGUACACGGCCAGAAAUUUUGUUGAUUUUACUAAGUUUUCAUUGUCAGAGUAAUAACCUGUAAAGAGAGCAUCUUUGUUUAGAACGUUUCCGCUUACAUAAAGUACAACCUAACUCGAUACAA